CAUUACCUAAAGAAAUCGACCCCACUCUCUUCUUCCUGUUCUGCCGUGUAACGCUGUUUGAUCUGUUGCUGGCUUCGUUAUGCCAGAUUCUCAUCUUCCGGAACGGCCCUCUAAGUCACUUUCAACUGUUUAUGUCAUACCUCCACGACUCUCGCCAACCCAGAAAUCCCACUAUAAGGACCUCUCCUGGGCGAGUGAGGAUUAUCCGGUCGAUGAAAUCGUCAGUGAAUUCACAGACCAGAAGGACAGGAAAUGGUAUUAUGCUAGAUAUCAGGGAGGCAUAAUUCGAGCGUUCGUCGCGAGCGAAUUUGUAAAGAAAUACCAGGAUUUGGUUGGCGUCUACGAGGAGAAGAAAAAUAAUAGACUGCUACCCGCUUUCGAUCCAACCACCAGCAAGGAGGUCCAUCCAGACCACCGACUCAGCAUCAUAAUGAAUCUGGACAUGAAGCGGAAGCGCGUAACGAGACUCAGUAUUUCAUCGACCUCAAGUAGUCGAUAUCACGACGAUAGUGAACCAUCUCCAGAAUCCGAAUCCGAAGCCGUUUCUGGCGUAGAAUUCAAUGCUGAUGUUCCAUCCAGUGCUUACGACAGUCCGACCCCGAGCAGAACCACGCGUUACAAACUCCUCAGUCCGCGGAAAACAAGGUCACGAAAAGUCAUUCCUGUUGACGACGACGAUGGUGCUGGAGCAUCAAAUGGCUUGCGUCGUUCCACUCGUAGUAACAAGGGGCUUCGUAUCCCCCUGGAUGACGAUGUUUACGUUGAUGACUCACAAGAUGAGGACGAUGUCUCUUUUGCAGGGUCUAAGACUUUCCAACGCAAAGCUAAAUCUGCCAAAUCCAAGAAUAAAGACGUUAAGAUCGUGCCCCCAGCUUACGGCCAUUUUCGACCGAUCGAAGAAACCGCUGGAAAUGAUGAAGAACCGCUCUUGGCUCACAGACAAUUCUGCGAGAAAUGUUUUGAAGCCCCUGCUCAUAAACUUUUAGCUUUACUGAAAAAGAAGGGAGCCAAGGGGAAACGACGAACCCGAAAUACGGAUCCAGAAGACGAUAGCUCGUCAGACGAAGAAGAUAAGGUUUUGAGUAAAGGCGGAUGGGUGAGAUGUCUGAAAUGUCCAGUUUCUGCUCAUUGGGGUUGCCUUGCGAAGACUCAACAAGACGAAAUACUCAAGGCCACGCGUAAACGCGACCAGGAUGGAUGGAUGGUAUCUCAAGGCGUUGGUGACGCUGAAGAGAACGGUCCUCCUAGACGCAAAACGUUGGAGGUAGGUUACAGUACGGAAUUCAUAUGUGGCUCCUGCACGAGGGGUGGUAUCUGCAUGGGUUGCAUGAAUGUCGCCCUUGAUGCAAACCCUUCCGUUGAGCCCAAACUAUACGUUGUGAACGAAGGAGGCAACAAUGAAGGCAAUGCAGCUGGCACCGUACAACAAACACGAGAAGGACUGCUUUUUCGAUGUCUUACCUGCAAACGAUUAGCUCAUUACGAACACCUUCAAAAGGAUGGAGACCCAGAUCAAGUUCUUGCUGAUAUUGCUCAAUCACACCAGCACAACUGGUUAUGCACUGACUGCGCCUCUUAUCAGUGGAAACUUGACAAUAUUCUUGCCUGGAGGCCCUAUCCUCCAAACGCUGUUGAACCUCCUCGCGCCGAAGGCGAGCCGGCGAAUUACAAAAUGCAACUUCCCAGGGAGUAUUUAGUUAAAUGGGUAGAGAGGGGCUACAGGCGAACGCAAUGGGUCCCUCACAUGUGGCUCUUGUCAACGUAUCCUCAGAAACUGCGGUAUUUUCUCCAAGAAGGUCCGAAAGUCCGGCUUUUGCUGGAACCUCGUGAAAGGAAGAAUUUUCCGGAGUCCGAGCUACCUGCUUUUAACUCGAUGCCCGGCUCUCGCGAUUCUUCUGCUAAACCGGGUGCUCAGACACCCGUCGCACCGCGCAACGCAUUGCCAGAUGCUGAGCAACGUAUUCCCCUUUCAUGGAUGACUAUUGAUCGAGUUUUGGAAGUGCAACUCAAACGGCCAACCCAAUCCAAGAAGCUCAAAAAGAACGGACGGAUCAGGAAAGUCGUCGAAAGUGAAGAGGAGGAAGCGAAGGAAGAUGCUGAAGACGCUGAAGAGAGCCAAGCUUAUCAGAAUGCUUACGAUUUAUCUGAAGAACCAGAGGGCUUCACCGAGUCUAUCGAUGAAUUUGAGGGUAGGACCGGUCGACCCUUCGAGGAAAAUGACAUCGACAGGGUUAUUUGGGGGUUAUUCAAGUGGAAUGAGCUCGGCUAUGACCAUGCCACUCCGGACUCUCCCCCACGUCUAGGGGACGAAACCUAUGAUGCUUUUCGUGAGGCAAUGCGGAGGUACAUUGCUUCUCGGAACGUGGAAAUUCUGAAGCCGAAAAUAUUCGACGAGGGCCCGUAUGGGGACCGACGCCAGAAAGAUGGCUUCCGCCGUCAACACACGUUGAAGAAUCCCGAAGACUUGGACCUGGGUCAAGCGGCAAAUCUCAAGCUGAUGCCAUUCCAGGUGGACGGCUUCAACUGGCUGUGUGACAACUGGUGGAAUCGACAACCUUGUAUAUUAGCAGACGAGAUGGGAUUGGGUAAAACGGUCCAAAUAACGUCGUUUCUUGGCAAGAUCAUCACCAGUUUUCACGCUGCCCCCGCUCUGGUGGUCGUUCCCAACUCAACGAUUACGAACUGGGUGAGAGAAUUCGAGCGUUGGGCCCCACAGUUGCGGGUUGUCCCUUUUUAUGGGGAGGCAAGGUCACGGGAGGUGGUAAAAACGUUUGAACUAUAUCAUGAAGAUGCACGGGCCCGCAAGCUUGGCAUGAAGACGAAGUUUCACGUUCUAGUAACGACCUACGAGGCGAUAACGAACAAAGCAGAUUUUACUUCUGUCUUCAAGAACCAGCCGCGCUGGGAGGUCUUGGUGAUUGACGAGGGCCAACGCUUGAAAAACGAUACGAGUCUUCUCUUCAAAAAACUAAACGAGUUGAACACUAGCCAACGUGUGAUCAUGACUGGAACGCCGCUUAAUAAUAACAUUCGUGAAUUGUUCAACUUGAUGAAUUUUCUUGACCCAGAGCGAUGGAAGGAUCUUCAGGCCUUGGAGAAGGAGCAUGAGGAGCUUACAGAGGCGCUGGUAAAACAACUCCACGUUAGGCUGCGCCCAUACUUCCUCCGACGUAUCAAAAGUGAGGUUUUACAGCUACCUCCAAAGAACGAAGUGAUCGUACCGGUAUCGAUGGCUCCCCUGCAGAAACAGAUUUACCGAUCUAUUCUUAGUCAUAACGCGGAUUUGCUCAGUGGUUUGACGAAUCCUUUUACGGCGUCUGGAAACGCACCAGGUCGUAAGAGUGUCAACAACAUGUUGAUGCAAUUACGCAAAUGUCUUCAACACCCUUACCUAUACGACAGGGACAUCGAGCCGAUGAAUCUCUCGCUCCAAGAAACUCACGAAAAACUUAUUGAUGCAAGUGCAAAGUUUCGCCUACUCCACAGCCUCCUUCCCAAGCUUCAGAGUCGCGGGCAUAGAGUAUUACUUUUCAGCCAGUUUGUAAUCGCCCUCGAUGUCAUAGAAGAUUUUCUGGUGGGCGAGGGAAUCAAAUAUCUGCGCCUGGAUGGUAAUACAGCUGGCCAUGAAAGACAAAGGGGGAUGGACGCAUUCAACGCUGUUGGUUCCGACAUAUUCAUAUAUCUAUUGACAACACGAGCAGGAGGUGUUGGAAUCAAUUUGUUUACUGCCGAUACCGUCAUUAUUUUCGACCCUGAUUUCAACCCUCACCAGGAUUUACAAGCAAUUGCACGGGCUCAUAGAUACGGUCAACAAAAAACCGUACUUGUCUUUAAACUCAUGGUGAAGCAAUCAGCUGAAGAACGAAUAAUGCAAGUGGGAAAGAAAAAGAUGGUUUUAGACCAUCUCAUCGUGCAAAAGAUGGAAGAUGAUGAUGAUGCAGGGGCAGACGUUCAAUCCAUCUUGAUGUACGGUGCUCAGGCAUUGUUUGAGGAAGGGGAGAGUUCCAAAAAAGAUAUUGUCUAUACCGAUAACGACAUCGAUAAACUCAUUGAAAAGACGGAGAGAGAGGGUGACGCUGAAGAGGUACCUAGGGAAGGGGGUACAUCGUUUACCUUCGCAAAGAUUUGGACCUCUGACAAAGAUCAACUGGCGGAGGUACGUGACGAGAAUCAAGAAGACUCUUGGGCGCAUACUCUUCAAAAAAUCAAUGCCGAAAUGGAUCUAGCUAGAGCCAAGGAGGCUGCGCAAAUGGGAAGAGGCGCACGUCGUAAAGCUACGGCUCCUGUUCCGAAGGCUCCCGAUGAGUACCUUGAACACACGCCCAAGGGAAAACAGAAACGGCGCGAUACACAUACACAUUCGUCUGACGGUGACUCGAUCUACAAUGCCUCUGACACGGGCAAGGGCAGCGAUAGUAGUGAAAGCGACGGAUAUCAAGACAGAUCAUCAAAAUCAAGCCUACCAGCCGCGUCGGGGGUCAACGGGUCCACUCUGGACCAGAUCUGUGGUUUGUGUGGGCAAUCUCACGCAACUGACGGUUACUGCGCAAUGACGGACAGCUCACAGAAUCUGGCGGAAUUCCGGGAAAUGUUAAUUCUCCAUGCAGAUGAUGAACCCUAUGAACAAAGAGUUGCUGCAAUACGUGCCAUCGAAGAAACCCUCUUCAAGCGCGGUGACCUACACCUGAUCCGUAACCAGCCCUUGCAUCCAAUCCCGCCUGAGUUUGUGUCACUUGCAUCUUCCGCUCAGUUCACACGGCCGCUGGAACCCCAUGGCGCAAGCACACUCCCAAUGCCUAAUGCUGGCUCGUCGAAUACUGUCAAGCAUCGAAAACCAAGCGGUAAAAGGCCUUCGUCGCCCAUACCUGAUCAUCCUGCGAAGAAGCCGAAACCGCAGCCAACACUGUGUCCAGUUUGUGAAACAGCGACGCAUCUGUUAAAGGAUUGCCCCAUUGUUUUGAGAGGGCCUCCAGUCGUCCUUAAGGCAAUCAUGAGACUGGAAUCUGCUCCAGGAAUGUCUGAUGUGACGAACGAACUCCGAAAGAUCCUCAAGAAACAAAAGAAAGCUCAGUCGGACUUGGAGGGAACACGCGAUCCUCAUGCUGGUCUAUCUAGAAACACCAUCAUCCUUGAUUAGGAAUUUCGACAACGAAGGUACCUUGAUUCUGUUAUCUAUGAAUGUCCAUAUUCUACCGUAGCAAGUUUGAACGGUCUAGCUUGGCUUUGGCGGUGCAAUCCCUCUUGGACGCGACAUGAGUUGCAUCCCAAAGCGGCGUUGAAGACCACAUAAUACAAAUUAGACUUGAACUUUUCGUGUCAUUUGAUCAGUCGAAUCACCGUCCGAAGGUCCCGCCUGCCCAGAGCAGCGCUUGC